GGGCGGGGCGCGCCACGUCGGUGCCUGGCGCUCACGCCCCUGCCCGGCGGCGGGGUUGAUGUACCCGCGCGGCGCGCGCCUCACUCGCUUCCUCAUAGGCGCGCUCCCGCCCCGGAGCCGCCGCCCCAGCCCCAGAUCAAGCUCCAGUCCCUUGGAAGCCCGGUGUCACCAUGUCUUCGCCUCCCGAAGGGAAAGUAGAGACUAAAGCUGGACACCCGCCCGCCGUGAAGGCUGGCGGGAUGCGGAUCGUGCAGAAACACCCGCACACCGGAGACGCUAGAGAGGAGCGGGACAAGGAGGACCAGGAGUGGGAAAGCCCCAGGAGGUCACACUACUGUCCUGGAGGACUGGAUUUCAACACAGCCUUCUUGGGAGACACAAAUGAACCCAUAACAGAUGCGAAACUGAUUCGUGGCAAUGCUUAAUGAUACAGUACCGUUAGCUGUUAAGAAAUAGAAAUUUAAGAAGUCUGAGGUUAAAAGACCUAUGCUGUGUACCAGCGUAAGUCCUGUGGCCAGCGUGCUCAGGGAUUUUUGUCUCUGGGCUGUGUUCUAAGUGCCUGAUCUUUAGUGAUUCUGGGUGGUGAACCCUGUCAGCAUCACACACAGGACCCGCUGCCCUCUUACUCCAGGCUGUUGCCAGCUGCCUUUCAAGCAUGUAUCCUUUUCCCCAGGAUGUAUGUGGAGGUUUCAGUGAGGCGGAGGUACCUCGAGCCAGCCAGAGACCAAGUCCAGUGUGACAUGGCAGCCCCAGCUCCUGGCAUGUGGCGGACCGCAGAGCCCUGUCCUGACCAAAGGCAGAGUCUCCGCGUACUCGGUGCCUGUGUGACAGGCAGCAUCCCCAGGAAGGGACCUGCCUGCAGCCUGAGGAGCCUCUGCAAAAAGCCAUAGGGAGGCAGAGCGAGAUCCUGAGGACACGAGGCAUUCAAGGUUGAACAGCCCAUCUUCCAGGGAAGGAAAAUGGGGAAGAGCCCAGUUGCUGUGGAGCAGCAGCUCUUCCUGUCAGGGUCGCCCAUGCGAGACUUGUAGCUCAGCAUCCUCAGUCUGCAGCAGCGUGGCACUGAUGAAGCGCUGCAGUUUGCAGUCCAGCUAGGGGGCACGGAAGGCAUCGCAUGGCUGCUGGUCACUGGGGCAUGAGGAGGUGGACAGGGCUGGGACAGAACCCCACAUUCCUAGCUCGUUCCCAAGGGAGCUGGCAGUGUCAGCUACACGCUAAGUACCUGAGAGGUGGCAUCCACGAGAGGCCACGCUGGGACUCUGUUGUCUCCUCCAGCCUUCUCUGUGGCUCUGCAAAGGCUCAUCGCCACCUUGUCCCAUGGGCAGGACACCCAGCAGGCCACCUCCUCUGGGCAGUAGGGGGCUGGGUGGUCGCAGGAGCAGAAUUGUGCUGACUUGCAGUUCUGCAAGCUGAACAUUCAAGGUCAGAGCAUGAGCAGGGAUGCGCCCCUGUGCAGGUGCUGGGAUGGCUCCAGGCCUCUGCUGGCUUCUCAGAGCGUCUCGGGGGUCCUCCUGUGGCAUCUGCCUGUGCACGCUUGUGUGACCAAACUGCGCCUUUGAAGAAGAGUGUGUUCCUGUAGGGUGAGGGGCUUACCCUGCUUCAGUGCGCCCUUUCCUUAACUAAUGACUUCCACAACAACCUUGGCCCCGGAUAGGGGCUGGGGGCGGGAUGCCAGAGUCUGUUCUCCCAGGCAGGGCACAGUUCCACAGCUGGCAUCAACCCCUGGUGCCUCCUGAUGGGCAGUGCUGGCUCUCUGGGUCAGCCGUGAGGCCCGUACUGUAUGGCAGACGAGCCCCUUCCUCCUGUGCCCACUUGCUGCCCACUGCACUGGGUACCAGGUGGGAGGUUCUCUGCCAGGGUUGCAACUCCAACCUGUAAGUGAGCACUCAUCAGUGCAAAAGAAUGUUUUCUGAAUUUCCCCACUGUGUGCAUGUUCAAACUGCGCAGGUGAACUUAGGAAGCGCAUAGGAAACGGAGGCUGGGAGACAGCAGUCUUUCAGUUGGGGCCAGCCCUUGCAGCUCUGUGCUUAUCAUUAGCUAAUAUCUCAAGGUCCCAAUACCCUUGAGGUGGAGUUUCUCAUUAGUGAUGCAGGAUGCGAAUCUACAUUUCUAACGACCUUGUGAGUAAUUUCAGGAUGCGCGCAGGGCGGGGCGAGCUUGUCAAAUCUGAUUAGAUUGUGGUGUUUGUAAUGUUGUUGUUAAUGAGUAGGCGCUAAGAGUCUCCUUUCCAUUCCUAUGCUUGUAUUUGGAUUAACUGCAGCCUCCCGGGUAUUUCUCAUAUGAAUUUUCUUAAACCCCUUGUCCAUUUUGUAGACUCCGGGUUAAAUUCAUCCUCACUACAUCCCCACACAGUUCUGGGCACUUGGGAUACAUCAGGGACCAAGCUAGGGAACUUAAUUCAUUACCCGCCCCCCAGCCGAGCACGGUGUUGUCUGUGGUGCAAGCCCCUGAAGAAGGGAAGGGAAGAGCGUCUGUGGUCAGGGACCCUAGUCCUUCCUGGGGAGCCCUCAGGACCACGGGACAGGGUGAGGGACUGUCGGCCUGCAGACCCCCAAAACAGCCUAAUGAGAUAGAUAAUGGCAGAAUCUCAUUUGUAUUUGCUCUCUCUUUAGAUUAAAAAAGUAAAUAGAACAGUUUUUUUUUUGUUUUUCUUACUCUUUAGCUCAUCUUUCUGACUGAAUGAUACCCCUAACCACAAGGGACUGCCCAGUUUUGUUGCUGGUAGAAAUUAAACAUUUCUUCUAAAA